AUGGAGCAAGAGGGAUACAUAUGGAACAUGGUGAUUGGGAAUCGAGUGGACGGUAAAGGAUUGUUAAUUGGUUCUAGCGAAGUAACGAAUGAAUACCGCGUGCAAAAUUUACACCGCAUACCAAUCGUAAAGAGACCAGUCAUGCGGCCGUUAGUUGAUUUUCCAGACUUUCGUUUCUACAAACCGUAUCCUUGCAUGUAUAGUGAUGUCUGCUGUUUAGCAUGGUACCCGGGGAUACUGGCGAGUUACCCAAACGAUACAAUUAUUAUUGCGCGAAGAUCGUGUGAUCACUACGGUGGUGGGACAUAUUUGUGCCAAAAAAAUGCAUUUUCAGCAAAGCCUGGAAAAAAACGAAAAAAAGGUAAAAAGAAAACUGGCCAUCAUAAGAGUCACGCCCAGAAAUCAACCAAUCCACCUAUGAAUGAAACUGAGACCGGUGACCAAAACAAUCACGUGCAAAAACCAACCAAUUCACGUGAGAAUAAAACUGAGACCGACGGUCAGAACAAUCACGUGCAGAAACCAACCAAUUCACGUAAGAGUGAAGUCGAGAAUCUUGUCCAAAAUGACGUGGAAAAACUAACCAAUUCACAUGAGAAUGAAGAUGAGACCGGCGAUCAGAACAGUUUCACUCAAAAGCCGGAAAUUUCGGACAUAGACAAACUUUAUGGUGGUCAGAAACGAGGAAAAAGAAAAAAAGCCAAAAGACACAAAAAAGGGGAGACCGCUGAACACAAACCGCACUAUUUGUUGCCAGUCAUAGAAGGCAUACUGCUUUUGAUUAAUAGCAACACACAGCACUAA